CGUAAACGGUGGGUGGUCGUAGUGUUGUUGUUGUGGUUUGGCAACAAAACAAACAUGGGGGGUGGUCUUGCGUUUGGAGCCAGCAGCAGCAGGGGUGGUGGUGGUAGUGGUGAUGGUAGUGAUGAUGGAGCUGGGUUGUCGCUGCUUCGGCGAGGCCCUCGGCCAACGUUCACGGUGGACCUGCUGCUGCUGACCAUCUGUGCCGGGUUUGGUGGCACCCUGUUUGGCUAUGACACCAGCGUCAUCUCUGGUGCGUUGCUGCUGUUGGAGAAGGAGUUCUCGUUAUCCGAUUUCCAGAAGGAGGUGGUGGUCGCCCUGACGGUGGCUGGGGCCUUUGUUGGCUCCAUCGUGUCGGGUGGCCUCUCUUCGAAGAUUGGGCGCAAGCCAAGCAUCAUCAUCGGCUCCCUCGUCUUCCUUGCGGGUGCAGCCAUCCUCACCUUUUCCCCAAACUGGCAGAUUCUCGCUGUUGGUCGGUUUGUGGUUGGCCUUGGUGUUGGUGCUGCAUCUGCGACUGUGCCCGUGUACAUCGGAGAGUGCGCACCAUCCCACAUCCGUGGUGCGCUCACCGCAGUCAACACAGUGUGCAUUGCCACUGGCCAAUGCCUGGCCAACAUUGUUGAUGCUGCCUUCAGCACUGUCCCCAGUGGAUGGAGGUACAUGUUUGCCAUUUCGGCCAUCCCUGCCGUGGUUCAGUUUGUUGCGUUCUUCUUCCUUCCAGAGUCACCACGCUUCCUCGUGGCAAAGGGCGAGCGCCCGCGUGCAGGGCUGGUGUUGCGGAAGCUGCGCGGGAAGGGGUUCAAUGUGGAGCCUGAGCUUGACUCAAUUGAGGCUGCAAACACACAGCGGCAAGGCGGCCUGAUGGACAUCCUCGCACAGCCCCACCUGCGUCGCAUCCUCUUCCUCGCCUGCAUGCUUCAAGUCAUCAAUCAAGUGACGGCCAUCAACACGGUCAUGUACUACUCCGGCACCAUCCUCAAGAUGGCGGGCAUCACCUCAGACACACAGGCCAUGUGGAUCUCCGCACUGGUGACGGGCGUGUUCAGCGUCUUCACUGUGUUUGGCCUGCUGCUUGUGGAGCGUGCUGGCCGCCGCUCUCUGCUGCUGUGGAGCCUCGUGGGCGUGUUUGUGUCGCUGCUGGUGAUGGCCCAGGCCUUUUACCUCUCCCAGACACACUCCCCCGCCGGCAACAACACGCUGUCAGACCCUACCUGCGCGCACCCCAACUGCGUAACGUGUCUGCAGCACCACCACUGCGGGUUCUGCGUGGAUGCCGGCAGCCACCAGCGCAGCGGCGUGUGCCUUGCCAACGCCAACACCUCUGCAGUGCCUGCUGCCUGUGUGGAUGCGGCCCACUGGUACGCGUCUGCCGGCGACGUCGCCAUCUCCAACGUGUGCCCGAGCCCUUACUCCAUCCUCACCAUCGUGUCCAUGUGCCUGUACCUGUCCGCGUUUGGGCUGGGUGUGGCUGCUCUGCCGUGGACCAUCAACGCCGAGAUCUUCCCCACGCACGUGCGCGCCGCCGGCACGGGCUAUGCGGCCGCCAUCAACUGGGUGUGCAACCUCGGCGUGUCGCUGAGCUUCCUGUCCCUGACCAACGCCAUCACGCGCGCUGGCACGUUCUGGCUGUACUCUGCAAUCGCGCUGCUGAGCAUUGUCUACGUGUACUUUGCGCUGCCAGAGACAAAAGGCCGCAGCCUGGAGCAGAUUGAGGCGCUCUUCAUGCGACCGGACGAGCAGCGCGCGAGCGUGCAUGGCGAUGCAGGGCAUGAUGGCGAGGAUGACGCACACUCGCAGCAGGCGCAGAAGCGGCCGCUUAAGCCGGCAGAAGCAAACGCAACCACCUACAACAGCAUCAACGCGCCCAAGUGGUGAUUGUGGAGAGGGCCAAAAGGCGUGCUGAGUGAUAGGAACAAGGGGGUUGUCUGCCUCCUUCUGCUUGGUUGUUGUUGUUGUUGUUGUUGUUGUUGUUGUUGUUGUUGU